UAGGUUCUGUGUUUACAGUUAGAUAGAUAGAGCUCUUUGUUGUCGCUUUAAUGUAUUGUCAAUAUGUACGGGGUGCGUAACAUCUUAUUUUUUGUCCCUUAAUUGUUUCAGGAAAGUUCUUUUAAAUUAUAUUCAAACCCAUUUUUUUGCCAGAAGACACUUUUUCAGCAUUUCCCUCCAGGAAGCUUCAUUUGAAACCUUCCUAAGGCUGCAGCCAUGGUGUUGAUCCUGGGUAGACGGAUGAACAGGGAGGACACUGGCAUCAGAGACUCACCAGCUGUCAAACGCAAGGUAUUUGAGGUUGACUCCAAAAUCUUAGCUUGCCAGGAUGUCUUGGACUUCUGCUCUGGCUCGUCCCACUCCGAGGGUAUCCUGCAGGUAUUCAAUGAGUUCCGCGACUGCCGCUUGUUUACAGACGUGGUCAUCAGCGUUCAGGGCCGCGAGUUCCCCUGCCAUCGCGCCGUGCUCUCCGCCUGCUCUUCCUACUUCAGAGCCAUGUUCUGCAAUGAUCACAGAGAGAGCCGUGAGAUGCUGGUGGAAAUCAACGGCAUUCUAGCCGAAGCCAUGGACUCUUUCCUCACUUAUGUUUACACCGGCCGCGCAAAGAUCACCACGGAGAAUGUCCAGUUCCUCUUCGAGACCUCCAGUCUCUUCCAGAUCUCCACAUUGCGUGACGCUUGUGCAAAGUUCCUGGAGGAUCAGCUGGACCCAUGCAACUGCCUCGGUAUCCAGCGCUUUGCUGACGCUCAUGCCCUCAAGCAGCUGGCCAGUCGCUGCCGCAGUUACGCUCUGGCCAACUUCUCUGAUGUGGCUCAGCAUGAGGAGUUCCUAGACCUAUGCAGGGAAGAACUGGAGGAGUACAUAGACAGUGACGAGCUGUCCGUCGGUAAGGAGGAGAUGGUGUUUGAGGCGGUGAUGCGAUGGGUGUACAGCAGUGUGGAGCACAGGAAGCCCAUGCUUAAAGCUCUGCUGCACCACGUGCGUCUUCCGCUUUUGCACCCCAAUUACUUUGUCCAGACUGUGGAGGGCGACCAGCUCAUUCAGAACGCUCCGGAGUGCUACCAUCUUCUCCAUGAGGCCAGGCGCUACCAUGUACUUGGAAAUGAGAUGAUGUCACCCAGAACCCGGCCACGCAGGUCGACUGGCUACUCUGAGGUGAUAGUGGUGGUCGGUGGUUGUGAAAGAGUGGGAGGCUUUAAUCUGCCUUACACCGAGUGCUAUGAUCCAGUGACCGGCGAGUGGAAGUCACUUGCCAAACUGCCAGAGUUUACCAAGUCAGAAUACGCUGUGUGCGCCCUCCGCAAUGAUAUUCUGGUGUCAGGUGGUCGCAUCAACAGCAGGGAUGUGUGGAUGUAUAACUCCCAACUCAACCUGUGGAUCAGAGUGGCUUCUUUAAACAAAGGACGCUGGAGACAUAAGAUGGGCGUCCUGCUGGGCAAAGUCUACGCCGUGGGUGGCUACGACGGUCAGAGCCGCCUUAGCAGCGUGGAGUGUUACGACUCCUUCUCAAACCGCUGGACAGAGGUGGCUCCCUUAAAGGAGGCGGUCAGCUCUCCGGCCGUGGCGAGCUGUGCCGGCAAGCUCUUUGUCAUAGGAGGAGGGCCUGACGACAACACCUGUUCAGACAAGGUCCAGUGCUACGAUCCAGAGACAGAUGCUUGGUUGCUGCGAGCUAACAUCCCCAUCGCCAAGCGCUGCAUCACCGCCGUCUCGCUCAACAACCUCAUCUACGUGUGCGGCGGUCUGACCAAGUCCAUAUUCUGCUAUGACCCAACGGAGGAUUACUGGAUGCAUGUGGUGCACACGUUUGCCAAACAGGAGAGCUGUGGCAUGUCCGUGUGUAACGGUAAGAUCUUCAUUCUGGGCGGCCGGGGUGAAAAUGGCGAAGCGACGGAUACAAUCAUGUGCUACGACCCGGCAACAGGCAUCAUCACAGGAGUUGCAGCGAUGCCGCGGUGCAUCUCUUACCAUGGCUGUGUAACUAUCCAUCGCUUCAAUGACAAAUACCACAGGCCAUGACAAUAAACAGAGGCGCUCACAUUAUAUUACUGCACCAGUUUAAAGACGCUUGGGCUUUUUGGCACCCCUUCAUCACAUUACACUCGUUAUUCAGUUAAUUUAUUUUCUCACAGUAUCAUGUAGCAUUGCACUGCUGUGAACCUUUAGCUAUUAAGAGUUUCUCUGUAUGUAAUCACUUUAGUGUCCAUCGUUAUGCUCAUAUUAAUAGCAUUGAAAACUCCAAAGAAAAGUCAAGUUUAUUGUUUUCACCACCUUGCACAGCUGUCCUCGUUCACACUACUUCUUUUCCCACUAAUUGAUAUCAAUGCACAGGACAUCUACUGCAACAUAUACACUCCUGAUCAAAAUGUUAAGACCAGUUGAAAAAUUGUAAGAAUUUACAUUUUCCAUUGUUGGAUUUUAUGGGAGUGAGGCAAAAACAAAAUAGAGUAAGCAGUAAAUUAAGCUUUUGUCUUACUCCCAUUUCUUCUAAAGGCUGUGGCCUUUACUUACUCCCUUACUCAGCUGAUCAAACUUUUGAUCAAGCAAUGUAAUGCUUGUUUGCAAUUAAUUAAAAAAACAAACAAUUUUUCAACCAGUCUUAACAUUUUAAUGAGCAGAAGUCAUUUAUAACAGCAGUCAAUAUAAACUAACAAUAUUAUGAUAUCGAGCUAUGAUAUCUAUUUUUUCAAAUAAUUUCAAAUCAAGCACAUUUUUAAUAUAUAAUGACGCAAAUAUAUAUAUAUAUAUAUACUAUAUAGAUAGACAGACAGAUAGAUUGUUUGACUCAGAGAUAAGCAGCCUGUGGCAGUUACAAAUAGGAUCAUUUCAUAUGUGCUAAAGAAUUUAAAAAACCCAAAAGACAGCAGAUACAGACAGUCCUUGUUGCUGAUAUACAAUACACAAUAAUAUGUAUAUUUAUGGAAAUUUUUCCCAUCUUGUGUUGCCAUUUUAAGCUUUAUUUUGCAGCAUUAUCAUUCAUUUUGAGCUUUUUCUUACUGGUAUUGUUUUUUUUUAAUUAAGGUAUGUGUUUUUUAACAUGUAUUAUGUAUGUGUACUUCAUAGAUUUAGCCAUUGUUUAAUAGUGUAGUGGGUAUGAGGAUUGUUUUAUUAGAUGUAAGAGGCCUUUUUUGGUAAGAUACAAUAAUUGUGCCUGUAUAUACAGUUGCUGCAUUUGUGUGACUUCCGUUUGGAUGAAUUAGGUUGCAAUGGCUGCUUCCUGUUUAACACUUCACUAAGGCUGGCACCUUUGACAUGGGCACUUGCUUUUAAAGACAUAACUCGGGGUAACCGUAGAUACCUCCAUGUGUGUUUGUGGGUUUACUAGUCAGCCACGGUGAUGUGAGAAGCAGUGCUCAGUAGGGAUGGGUACAAAAUGAAUUAAGUUAUAAAUAUAGUCGUCCCUCGCCACAUUGUGGUUCCAGUUUUGCGGUUUCACUCUAUUGUGGUUUUUCAAACAUACAUGAAUUCAUAAAUCAUGCUGUUUCAUGGAUGAACAUGACCUAUUAUUGGCACAAAAUGGCUAAAUGAACUAAAAUACAUGGCAUAUAAGGCAUUAUAUUAUAAGAGGACACAUUUAAAUUGUGAUAUGCAGUAAUCUAACCGGUCACUAAGGAUCAGUAGGUGAAACAUGCAAGUGCAGGUUUGAAUGACCUCACAACAGGCAUAAAAUAAUCUAUUAAUUUUCUAUGACAUUUAUCCUCAUUAGGUUCACGGGGGUAUGCUGGAGUCUAAUAACAUAAUUCUAAUUAUUUAUAUUCAACACAGGAUACCUUUGCAGCCAUAAUCCAGAUAAAACACAAUUUGGAACUCCUGAUGUCUUAUUUCCUCUAAUUAUAUAUACUGUAUUGGGUAAUGAGUGUAAAGGUGACUAUAUAGGUGAUAUUUCAUAACCAGAUGGUGUCAUUAAUAGGGCCCUAUGAGAUCCAUCGUAUUUUUUCCAAAAUUAUGUUGUUUCCAUAUUGUUUUGUAUUGUAAGGAAGCUGUAGUCGCUGAUGCCAUUCCUAAUAUUAUGAUCCCAUCCAUCCAUUUUUGAUACCCCCUCGUGCAGGCAUGCUGGACACAGGGCACAUAUAGACAAACAACCAUUCACACUCUCAUUCAUACUUAUGGACGAUUUGGACAAAAUUAGACAAAAUGUUGACAGUUAAGACAAGCUGGGCGCAAGAAUAAACGUGCCUCUUGUCUGUUUUCCUCCAGCAUCUGCACAACGUCAGCGGGCAUCGUAAAACAUUACAGCUGUAAAUCACAAUUCAAACACUCAUCAGGCCUGCACAGCAGCAUUUGCAUGCUCUGGUAAACUAAGCUAAGCUCACUAGCUCCCAUUUUUUAACAUUCCUAGUGUUUUAGGCCGCUGUUUUGACAUAGUGGGCGGUUUCGCCACGGCAGAUUGGACCACUAGGGAAAUACUUCCCCACAUUAACGUUCCUCUCCUCUUUCAUUCACAUUGUCACUUAAUGCGAGAUUCCAUGUCUCAGUAAAUUCCGUUUUUAUGUGUCAAUUCCGCCCACAAUUCAGUCAAUGCAGAAAUCAUAGGGCCCUUUUAAUGUUAAAACCCAUAUUUAGAAGGUUGUACCCAGAUUUGUAUGUUCUAACUACCUAAAUAUUAGAUUUAGAAAUAACGAAUCCUACUUGGCUGAAAUUUGCUUACCGCGGUCGGGUCUGGAACCAAUUAACUGUAAUAAACGAGGGACUAAUGUAGACAUCAAUUGUGUGUUUUUAAAAAAAAAUCCAAAAAUCUUUCCUUUUCAGGCCAAAAUUUCCCCUUGAGGUGUUAGCCUUGGGGCUCAACUUCCCAUUAUGUUGUGUGGAAAGGAGUUGAGACUGAAUCAAUAGCGCCUCUGCUGGCUACAGCUAGUAAUGUUUUAAUGAUUAAACAAUCAAUCCCACACAGUACACCAAUUCUUACACCCAUCCAGAUGGUUGUGAAUGACGAGGGCUGUUGAAAGGUGUGGUUUAAGGUCAGUAAAUGUUUUUAUAAUAGGUGUUGAUAGACAAGACAUUGCUGUGAACUUGUUUUUUUCUCUUGUAUUUAAACUUAUCUCUUCAUGGUUGCAUUUUUUUUUGUAUUUAACCGAGAGCCCCAAUUGUGCACUUUGAAAGACUAGAUGACAGUAGAUGAUUUUUUUUUCUUACUGUAUCAGUAAAUGUUAUUUGUGACAUAUCGAAGGGCCCCUUGUUAGCGCCUCCUUUUUGCCGCAGGGCCAAAAACAUCACACACAGACUCAUUCACCCGCCAUAGUUAGAAUCCCACAGGAGGCCAACAUGGAGGCAACACAGUAAAGUAGCAAGGAUGGUGAUCACUUUGUAGUGUUUGUGCGUGUGUCUGGGAUUUCACUGAGUAUUUACUCAAAUGGGACACAAAAAAUAUGUCGUCCAUUGUUAUUAUUUUCCUUUUGAUAAUUUUUUAAAAUUUCGACUUUCAUACACGUUUUGAGUUCAUAUUUACAUUACUUUAUUUUUAGCAUUUGCAUGUUUUUUGUGGAUUUGUGUGCCACACCGUGUGCAGAAUCAUUUCGAUUUGAAUGGAGUCAGACACCAACACGUGUAGAUGAGAUGCUGAUGGGCUCUUAACUGUUUAAUAAUGUGCCUUUUAAAGAAUAAACCGGUUGAGUUUGAACCAUUACCAUGAACCUUUACUACACUAUGUAUGUAUGAUGUGAUGUUUUCAGAUUUUUGUAAGUGUUGAGUUGUGUACAAGAAACCAAUAAAGUUUUUCUUUCUGUACCAAAAACUUUGUAUUUUUAUUUCAUUAUCAUUCAUUUGACACCUUACUCUGAACAGUACAAGUAUAAUCUGUUGGGGUCUGCUCAAUCACAGAAUCCAUCCAGCCAUCAACUUUCACAAUAGCGCCUCUUAGCGGCCAUUCUGGUGAACUUCACGGCUAGCUAGCCAUAAUUUAGCUUCCUUGCCCACAUCGAGAUUUAGCAAUUUAACCAAACACGAGUGUGAGACAUGCAAAGUGUAUCACUCAAGCGGAUCCGAUGCCACUGAAAUAUAACUAGAGCACCACAAAGGGACGCAUCUUCACACGACAGGGCUUUUCCUCGUGA